AUACAGUUUGACCGGCGACAUCGUUUUGAAAGUAGCCAAUUAGGCAGCAAACUGAAGAUCGCAACCCUGCCUGCCAGAGUGCUGCUGUAUAAAAAGAUAAUAAAGAUAGUAUCUCCUAGCAACGCGAACUCUAUCAACAAUACGUUAUGGGAUAUUCGUAUACGUCACUGUUGCCAUAGCUACGUCUCUGUCAAAUACACAGGUUUCAUUUCUUGUGUCAGGGGAGGCUAAAAUAAACAAUGGCUGAAAAAAAGUUCAAAGGAGCCCCGUUUGGAACACAGGCAUCGAGGUUUGAUGUGUCAGCGGUCCAUCCAGCCAAUAAGAGAGUAGGGAACUACACAGAGAUCCCCUACUGCAAAAAUAUGACCAAUGACCUGGAGAGGCGGAUGGGCCCGGGGACCUAUGAUGCUGCAGGCCAUGGGGACUUCAGUAAACGGUCGGUGGCAGAGCGGGCCAAAGGGCCGGGGUGGCAGAGGGCCCAGGAGACUGCCAGGUUGGCUGCCAUACCUCACCUCCUCUACAGGGAUGCCUGGGAAAACAAACGCUUCCUGAAAACUAAAGUGGGUCCAGGAACCUACAGAGUAGCAGACUUUAUAGAGGAGCUGCAGAAGAAACCAGGCAGUGUGAGAGGAGUGUGUGACAGCAGGGAAGAGCGGUUCAGAAAUGCACAGAGCUGGACACCAGGCCCUGGUUGCUAUGGUAAUGGGGGUGUUCCAUGGGCAGCGCUGGAGGAGAAGAGGUCGGGGUUAAAUGGGGCUCCUAGCAUGCACCUCAGCUCCUCACUGCAACGCUUCCCAGAAGGCAACAGUACAGACUGUGGGCUGAGUCCCUGUACCUAUACUCCAAAGAGCAGCACAGAGGUGUUGUUGGCCAGCGGCAGCAGCAGGAGAGGCGCAUAUGAUCUCUUCACUGGACCACGAGACAAACCCAUCACCGCUGGAUACUUCGCUACCCCGAAGUGUGUAAAUCUAACUCCAGGGGAGUACCCCAGUGGGAGUGGGGGCUUUGGAGAGGAGUUGUGUCGUCGUGAAAAGCGGAACCACGGUGUGUUUGGAAUGUUGGAUCAGUACCCAGUUGUUCCAACAGAGAGAAUCUACCACAGGACCCUGUCCCAAUGCCCUCGACCUGCUACGUUCCCAGGGCCAGGGUGGUAUGAGGUCGUCUCUCCACAGUCCCGUCCAGAGAGUCACACCCAUCCCCCCUUCCUCUCCUCUGCCCCCCGUGCCAGCCGUAGGACAGAAAGAUUGCAGAACGGAAAUUAUAGCAUGGUUGGUCCUGGUCGUUAUGACAUUGCAGAAAAGGGGUGUAAUAAGACUGACAAUGGCUACACCUCCUCCUUCAGUUCCCGGACACAGAGAUAUCUUCACAAACCAGACAGAGACAAACACACACAGGAGAGGUUGCGUGCGAUAAAUGUUCCGGUGGACAGACUGAGUUUCCUGGUGCAGCCUGGAAGGAACACUUUGAUGAAAUCAGCUUAGACACACACACACAUCGAAGCAGCAUGGAACAAAGACUCCGGAUACAUGUUUACAAACCAUCAGAUUUCAAGUUUAGUUUUUCAACUAUAUUAAAAUCAAUAUUGAUCAACUGGAGAUGUUUUUAUGUUUGGUAGAAAGUAGUAGAGAUUUGCUGUUGACAAAACAAACUUUUUUAUCAUCAUACACCAACAAAAACAUUUGUGGACAACAGCAGUGAUCUCCUUUCUCUCUGCCAGGCAGUA